CGAGCCGAGAUCGGUAUUGAGACCGGUUCACCGUUACCGAUUACCACCUCUGCGGAGCUUGCGCGAUCGAUCCUACAGUUUGUGAAUACACAAAGUGCGCGUCUGCUGUGAACCUUCGAAAUAAAUAACAAAACAAGACGAAGAGGAAAGAAAACAUCUCAUCGCAGUUUUCGGUGAAUCGGAGUCGAAAGAAAAGGAAAAACCAGUGCGCGAAUAGAAGGGAAGGAAGAUUGCACAGUCUCGGCCCGUGUGCUUUUACUCCGCUCUCACUUCGGUGGCAACGAGCUGGCUUGCCGUGGCACUGCUCAGCUCUCGCGUUUCGUAAAAGGUGGAUUACAAAACCCCGGCGCGAAUAGAGCACGGCUUUGGCUUGCGUAUAGUUGUGUGCUCGUUGCGAGAGAAAGAGCAAAGUGGAUUGGCGAGCCGAUCGAAAGAGAGCCCCGGCGAAAAGCGCGAGGAGGAGGUGAAAGAGCGAAAAGUGUUGUGCAGCAUCGGCAUCAGCUAAAUCCAGCGGCAAAAGUCGAAGGACGACCGGAGAAAGAGCCGAGUACGCGGGGGGGAGGAAAGUAAGUAACGAAGCAUAGUGGCAACGGCAGCAGCAGCAGGAGCAGUGUGUACCUACCGUGUAUAUUGUACGUGUAUACGUACAGCGGCGGAGAGCGAGCGGAGCGGGCGAGCGAAGCGAAAGGAUAAAGAGAAAGGAAUAGGAGAGCGCCGAGUGUGUGUGCCUGUGUCUGUGUGUAUAUAUAGUUGUUGUGCUUACUUACUUAUAUACGCCGCUUUUGCGCGAGCGAGCGAGCGAGUCCUUGAAGUCCUCGUAUACAGCCAGCGUAUUAUAUCGGGCGAACUGUACGGACAGACCGCGUAUAGUUGCUCAUUGCGGCGAGAGUGAGAGUAAAAGUGUGUGCGCCACCGUCACCUGCGCCCAAAGUUUCGGCCCCUUCGUCGCCCCGACACGAUCUUGCUCUCCGAUACACUUACCGAUCAUGACGACCAGCUGACAUCCCGUCGUCGACGUACUUCCAGCAGUGCUCGUGUUUCGUAUAAAAAUACGUUUGACGCGUGUGUGCGUGCCGAUUUGUGGGAAAUCGGUACUGGAAAAACCAUGAUAGCGACUGUAAGCGAUCGCGUCGAGUUGACUGUUACGAGGUGUCCUGCCGAUCGAGUGCAACCGAUCAAGUGACGAGCGCGCGUUCCUUUCCACGGCUGCUCCUUUUCCGAGUGUUACGUACGUUUCAUUGUGCAAUUGAAAACAGAAAACGAGGGAAUAUCACGAGUGCCCGUGAGUGUGUCCGCAGGACGAAAAAUACAAAAAAGUAUCGCAUCGAGGGGUGCUCAGAUGUCCGACACGGUGGUGGGAUUGUCACCUGCUGCACCGCGGAAGAUGCGCACGAGGGAGUGCCUGGCCCACUGAUCUUCUAGCCCAGUCCCUCCCCCGGCCACCCUUACCCACCCGAUCCCCCCUCCUCCUCCUCCUCCUCUACGCCUACCUUCCUUUUUCUCCUUGCGAGUACCCGUAGUGCCGUUGCAUCCGCGUUGUUAUAUUCACCCAAGAGGAGAGUAGCCAAAGUGCGCGUGCAUCGGGCGAGCUGCUGUUACAAGUACUUAAGAUACGAAGCUGUGGUGCAAGCACCGAGAGCACUCCCUCAUAUCAGGAGAACGAGGGAAGAGAGGCACGAGUGCGCACGUGCCCACCGGCCGCGUCAUCAAGCAGACAGGCAUAAAGAUGCGUGCGAUGAUCCCCUAGUAUAUAUCAUCGGACUCGAGAAGGUGUGCACAAUCGUUCAUAAUUAUUCACGCUAAAAGGAACGUAGAAAAUGUUAAAUGGCACAAUCAAAAAAACUAUGCAACCGGACGGGAGACUAAAGCUCUCCUACGACAGCCACCUGGAGACCGUAGCGGCGGAGCUCGGCUCCUGGUACGCUUGGGACUGUCACGUGGACGUGUCCCUCGCCUGCGAUGACGGCUCCCUCAUCAGGGCCCACAGGGUCGUCCUCGCGGCGGCCAGUCCCCUAUUGGCCAGCCUCCUCAGCAACACCUCGCUCGAGCACGUCGUCCAUCUCGUCGGGGUGCGCAGGAUCCAGGUCGUACACCUCCUCGAAUUCCUCUACAACGGCGAGGCCCUCAUACCUUCAUCGGAGCUGAGACCGCUGAGGGAGCUGUUUGAGCUGCUGCAGAUAAAACCAGAGCUGUACGAGCCCAGCCAGUCACAGAGCUCGGUCAGCUCGAACCCCGAGAGACCCUGCACUCCGCAGCCCCCCUCGGAGGAGGGCCAAGAGAGCUCGAGCUACGAGUCGCAGUACGACGGCAGACAGUCGAACAACCCGGCGGAUUGUUGCUCGGUGGUUAUCAAGACCGAGGACGAGGAGGAGGACGAGGAGGACGCGGAGGCGGACGAGGUGGACGUCGAGAGCGACACCACGCCCUCGGAGAACAACCACGAGACGAGCAGGAUCGAGCCACCCCGGCGGAGGGACAGCUCGGACCCGGUGAACCUCAGCAUAAACUCGGGCGCCUCGACGACCAGCGACAGCUCCCGCGACAUCGUUCACAGGCUCGAGUCCUCGCUCAGGAGUUGCCUCGACGACAACACGGGCAGCUGCAAAUACCGCGAGAACAACACCGAUCCCCAAACCGGGGCACAGCCGGUCUGCGACUUGCAGACGCGAGAGCCGAGGUCGAAUUUCCGGCACGACGGCAAGUCGGAGAGACGGGAGUCGCUGGACGAUCACCACGAGGAGAAGCGAAGGCAGCUGGCGGCGCGGCUGGCGCUGGGCCUCGAGCCGAACAAGAGGAAGAUCGAGGAGAUACCGAUACCACCGGCGGAGGCUUACGUGGUUACGCCCCACAGGAAGCGCAGGCCCGGCUUUCACAACGCCCCCGCCCAGAAUCCCGCCUUCGUGCCCUUCAACCCCGGCUUCGAGACGCCGAGGAGGCUGCACGCGCCGCACGCCCUCAGCGCCUCGGCCCCACCGUACCACCAGGACAGGUCGAUGACGCCGCCAGUGAUCCACCGGCCACCCUCGGCCGAUCCGGCAGCCGCGGCGUCCUUGGAGCCACCUUGGGGUGCCUGGCGGUUACCCCCGAGCCGGCCACCGCCCGCGCCCGCCACCCCCGAGGACUCCCCGAAAUCGACGCCGGUGCGCGAGUACCGGUGCACCUACUGCAACAAGCAGUUCGGCAUGUCCUGGAACCUCAAGACCCACCUCCGCGUGCACACGGGCGAGAAGCCCUUCGCGUGUCGGCUGUGCGUCGCCAUGUUCAAGCAAAAGGCCCACCUGCUAAAGCACCUCUGCUCGGUCCACCGUAACAUGAUUGUCGGCAGCGACAACAGCUUCCUCUGUUGCUUCUGCUCCCUCAAGUUCGACAGCCAGUCGGAGCUGAUAAGGCACCUCUCCGGGCCCCACAACAACCUCCUGCUCAGCAAAAACUUGCACGAUUGACGGCUCACCGGCCGAGAGCUUCGGGCCGUUGCUUGUUUUGCGAAUUUUUCGUAGCCUCGAGCGAGUGCCGGGCAAAGCGAGGUGUUUGUCGCGUGCGAUCAACCACGUGAGCGGAGGUAACCGCAAAAUAUUUUUAUGACGAGCGAUCGAUCGAUCGAAACCGAGGACAAUAAUCGCGUUCAAGGAACGGACGAUCCCGCGCGAGCUUUUUGCUAUUUUUUUUUUUUCCGCCUCCCGCUGUUUGUGUACGCGGAGAGUGAAGAGAAAAGCAAAGCACCCUUACGUACCACCAAUUUACAAAUCCCUCCUCCACUACUUUGAAUUCCCUUUUGUUCUUUAGAUCUUGUUCGAUAACGAUAGUUUUCAUUGUAAUAUUUUCUUUUUUCUUUUAACUUUAUUUUUUUUUUCCAUCUGUACAUAGUGUUACAUACGAAGCGACGAGUUGUUAUUUAUUUUACACUUUGCAAUGGGACCAAGCGAAUUUCCACCGAAUAACAAUUAUUAGAUAGUAGAUCUUACGAUAGCGGCCUGCCUACAAUCGCCUCAGACAAGCAUAAGUAGUAAAUUCUUUUUUUUUUUUUUUUCUUCGUUACUUGUAAGCGCAAGUAUGCGUGUAGCAACGCGUCUCGAGAUUUGUGUGCAAGAGGGAGGGGUCAGAUAGAGAGAGAACAAAAUAAAAAGGAAGAGAAAUUUGUGUGCGUUGCGCAUCGACAGAAAAACCAACGAAAACGACGACGAUGUCAUAUUGGCAAAUAAGUGUGCGAGAUGGUUCCAACAAAAAAAAAAUUGUUGUAUGUGUACGUUGGUUUUGUUUUAUUUUUUUUUUUCAUCUUUUCUUUGUUUUUCACGACUUUGACAACAUCUGUGACUCUAGUGCCUUGUCAAAUGGGUCCAAAAAAUCCGAUUGGGCAGUGAUUACAUGUGUUCAUAGGCUUAAGCGUUUUUAGACGAAACAUUUUUACGCAGAGACGAAGGAGAUAGAGAGAAAACAAAAUAGUAAGAAGCGAAGUUUGUAUAUUAUCAUUUGUUCUCCGAAACAAAUGUCUAUAGGCGAAAAAUCAAUGAAAUAAAUUAUUAUUAUUAUAAAUGUUGGCGACAAAAAUAUUUCUUGUUGUUGCGAUUGCCGGGCGUAUAACGAAUACAAAAAAAAAUGCACAAGUAUCGAAUACGCGCGAGGGGAAAAAAAAUAACGUGCAUUGGAAUAAACGGUAAUCGAUGUAUAGGACUCGGCUAUUUCUUUGCGAGCGAAGAAAGUGCGACGACGACAACAGUUAUUUUUGUACUUCAUCGUGUACGUUUUUACGUAAGUAUUGUCAAUGAAGGAGAUGCUACUCGUACAGGGUAGUUGCCUUGAAUUUAAUUCAUUGUAGAAUUUUCAUAUCUCUUUGUUUUGUAUUUUAUCUAUGACGCGGGUCGUCAGAUUAUAAAGGAUAUAGUGAAAAAUGCAAAUUACGAUUGAACCCUUAAUUCGGUGACUCUAAGAGUUUGGCCUGAUUUUGUUUAUUUGAAGCAACAAGAAUACAAAAAACUUGUAACAUUCCAAACAGUAUCCAAGUAUUUCUUUCUAAAUAACAAAAAGAAUACGUUGAUGGUAUAAAAGAAUUGCCGAGAGAUAAAAUGUUGAAAAAUAUUGUACAGUGCCGCAGAAUACCCCUCCUGUCUCCAAUGUGUAGAGAAUAAAAAAAAAAAAUUAUUCAUACUUUUUAAUAUAUAAAAAUUAUCACUCGAUAUGCAAUCACACCAAAGAUACGUUCACACAGGCGUUCGGGCGUAAGCUUUUAACCGUAUUCUUUUUCUGUCACUUUUGUGUUACCAUGCGGCAGCUGAUGCGCUUUGAAAAAUAUUGCACUUCGAUCCAUACUUUGUUUUUUUAAUUGCUCCGUAAUUUGCAGUAGUUUUAAAAUUCAAAAUGAGAAUCAUUAUGAAAAUCAUACGUAGUGUUGUCUGGUUUGAAAAAUUUAAGAUUAUGAACUAUUUAUUAAAAAGAGAAUUCAUAUUUACCCUUUAAUAAAAAAAAAAAAAAAAUAUUGAAAUUAGUAACUGAUCCGUUUUACAAAAGAGGCAAACGAUAACUUGACAAUUAGUAAAUUUUAACAUUGACUCGUCAAAGCCAGACAAGACACGUUAUAAUGAUCAGCAUACAUAUAAAUAAAUAAAUAAAUAAUACACAACACAGUGAACGCAAUGUGAUACUAAAUGAUAAUAAAUAAAGUAAUUAUUUUUUAAUACGCGCCGAGAGACGCGUCCUUGUGACAGGACGCUCCUCGCGUGUUUGUAUACAUCACCAUGUAAUUACGAUUAGUAGAAAGGAAAAAAAAUGAAGCGAAAGAAAAUGCAAGCAAAAAA